AUGGCCUCCUCUUCAGUCGUCACCUUCCUCGUCGCCCUCCACCUCUCCCUCGUCCUCGCGGCUUCUCUCCUCCUCGGACUCCUUUCCUCCUCGGCAGUCUUCCUCGUCCACGUCUUGGCUGCCGCCGUCUUCCUCGUCGCCGGCGUCGUCGUCGGCCGCGUCAACAUCGAUGACGUCACCGUCUUCCUCCAACACUCGCUCCUCAUCGCCGGCCGGAUCCUGGAGGCCGUCGCCCUGACGUACCUCACUCUCGUCUCUGCCAUCCACCACACAUCCCUCAGCGUCCUGGCACUACUCCAACGGCUCAUCGACGUCGCCAAACUGAAUCCCACUGGUUGCCGAGUCCUCCUCCCCUUCCUCUCCGACGUCAAGCGGAUCCUCUACACCGGCAUCUCCUGGGGUACCAACGUCCACCAUGCAAUUAUAUUCUCUGUACACCUCGCCGCACUCCUCUUCAAAUGCAUCCACACCACCACAUCGCGCACCAUCACCAACGUCGCCCGCAGUGCCCAGGCCUUCUUCAUUCUGGCGUGCAAGCUCCUCGAUACCAUCCUCCCUCCCGUCCUCACGUUCACUGCCUGGUCUCUCCCCUAUCUCUCAUGGAUUUUCGGGUUUCUCUGGUAUAUCUCUCGUCAGAUCUCUGCAUUCCUAUCCUUUGCCUCGCCCUACAUCAAGAUCGUCGCCAGCCCCGUCUUCCGCGUCCUGUUCACUGUCUCAAGAGCCCUAGCCUUUGUCGUUGUCUUGAUCAUUAUCAAUCUGUCCUCUUUUGCCCUCGUUUCAUUGCUCCGCUCCGCGUCGAACACAAAUAGCCCCGAUGACGACGCGCGCAAAACCGCCGCCGAGUCGUCGGAAAGACAGGAUCCCAUUCAAACUAGUACCCCCUCCACCGACACCCAGCCUACUCCUCGUCACUGGGUCGACAAAGCCUCCGUUCUGCCGUCCGCCCACACGAAGAUCUUCGCCGCUGUCUUCCUCUCCUUGGCCAUUCUCUCCUCCGUCAUCUUCGCCUCCUUCGUUCCUGGCUCGGUCACCACCCUCAGUUUGAAUCAGGGGAAUAUCUCGGAGGCUACUCUCAACCAUCAGUCGCACACCCUACCCGUUUUCCAUCGCAUGCAUUUUACCAUGCGCCAACUGUUCCAGCACAUAUCUCAACCAGAGCCCGUGUCGUCUUUCGCUCGUCAAAAUUCGCCUGCAUCGGCCGCCCAUCCAGACGUCUUUGCCAUUGCCGACUUUCUCCGCGAUUCCUUCCGCCGUCACCACGCCGACCGCUUCCAGUACUCGUGGCAGCCGGCUUCCGGAAACAUCCCUCAAUUCUUCCAAUCCAAAGCGUGGAGAGAGUAUGCUCAAUGCGCCGAUACUUAUGGUCCUGCCUUCGUCACCAGGCUGUUGUUAGCCAAUCGAGCCGUCGUCGUGCACGACCCGAGAGCGUUGCACGCGAUGAUGGUCAAAGACACUCAUAUCUGGCAAAAGAGCGUCUCCCCGUCCACCCUCCUCACGGUCCUCCUGGGCCCGGGUGUUCUCUCGGUGAGGAAUGGAGAUGUACACAGGCGACAGCGGAAACUCCUGAACCCGGUGUUUUCUGCUGCUCAUCUUCGAGACAUGACUCACAUUUUCUAUGGAGUGUCGCAUCGGCUGCAUACUGCCCUCAUGGAGCGAGUUGCGGCUUCCGCGCCGGCACAAGAGGUCGACAUGAACGAUUGGAUGGGACGCACUACGCUUGAGAUGCUCGGUCAAGCCGGGCUCGGGUAUUCAUUCGAUGACUUCACCGACAACGCAAUGGACUCGUUCGCGGAGGCCAUCAAGUUGUUCUUCCCAUCUCUCAUCCGUGCUCCGCUCAUUGGGCUCGGUGCCAGCUCGUUGUCGUGGUAUCUCUCCGACCCCAUCAUUCGUGCCAUCUUCCGCCACUUCCCGCUUGGCGUUGUGCGAAAGGUCCUCAGUAUCUCGGACAUCAUGACCGUUCGCUCGGAGGAGAUCAUCAAAGAGAAGAAGACCGCCCUCGAGAAAGGCGAUGUAGCCAUGAAGCACAGAAUGGUGAAGAUGACAGACGAAGAGAUCGUCGCCCAAGUGUCCACCUUCAUCCUCGCCGGCAUGGACACCACCUCGAACGCGCUUUCCCGAAUCCUCCAUCUACUCGCCAUGCACCCCGACGUCCAGGACAAACUGCGCGCGGAGAUUGUCGAGGCCCAAGGCGGCGACGGCUCCGACCUCGCGUACGACGACCUCGUCAAGCUACCCUUCCUCGACGCCGUCUGUCGCGAGACGCUCCGCCUCCAUGCCCCGGUCGCCGUUCUCGGUCGCUUCGCCACCGAAGACACCGUUCUCCCGCUGUCCGCACCCGUGCGCACUCGCGACGGGCGCUCGCUCGCCGAGCUCCCGGUCCCGCGCGGCACGCACGUGUUCAUGAACUUCCAGGCGUGCAAUGUGAACAAGGACCUCUGGGGCCCCGACGCGCGCGAGUGGAAGCCGGAGCGCUGGCUCGCGCCCUUGCCCGCCGCGCUCGAGGACGCGCGCGUCCCGGGGGUGUACGCGCACUUGACGACCUUCGCCGCGGGGCCGCGCUCGUGCAUCGGGUUCAAGUUCUCGCAGCUCGAGAUGAAGAUCGUCUUGUGCAUGCUUCUGAGCUCGUUCUCGUUUGAUAUUACAGAACAACCGGUUUCGUGGAACACCUCGGCCGUACUGUAUCCUUCGAUGGGCGACAGCCUGAAACCGGAGUUGUUGCUUAAGCUCGAGAUGAAGAUUGUUCUAACAAAGGUCUUGAGCUCGUCCACGUUCGAGCUCACGGAGAAGCCCAUCUCUUGGACGAUGUCUGCGGUGGUUUAUCCUUCAAUGGGUGACAGCCUCAAGCCCGAGAUGCUGCUUCAGAUAAAUUUGGCCCUCAAAGCGUAG